CUCUUUCACUAGAAGGAAGUAGAGAAAUACCGGGGCAGAAGUGGGGGCUGUUAUUGGAGUACUGUUCGGGUAGCGUGGUCAUGUUUCUCCAGUAUUACUUGAACGAAGAGGGAGAUCGGGUGUACACGCUGAAGAAAUUUGACCCGAUGGGGCAGCAGACUUGCUCAGCUCAUCCUGCUCGGUUCUCUCCAGACGACAAAUACUCCCGACACCGAAUCACCAUCAAGAAGCGCUUCAAGGUGCUCAUGACCCAGCAGCCGCGCCCCGUCCUCUGAGGUUCCUUCUGUCUCCUGUCUCGCUUGCCUGCUGCUGCCCUUCGGAGACACCGUAACCAGACGUCAAUCAGUGAGCCCGGAAGACCUUCUUACCAACCAGGGUUUUUUGGGAUCUAGUGUCUUUAUUGCCUUUCAUAACGCUUUUGUGAGGCAUCCUAUGAUGGUGGCAUCCCCAUUAAAGGAAACAAGUUUGACUUCAUAUUUUGAAUUAUUGUCAGGUUAUUAAAGAUAAAAUAACUCAAAA